AGCCGUUGAAGCAAACCCGACCCGUAAGCCAGAGGACAAGCCAUGUCUGUGACCGGCACCGUGACCUCCUACAACCCACACAAGGGCUGGGGCUUCAUCGAGUGCAAUGGCCAAGACGUCUUCGUGAAUAGGCGACAGUGUGGCGGCUUUUGCCUGGCCAAGGGCAUGAAGGUGGCCUUCGGCAUUACCCAAGGGGAGAAGGGACAGCAAGCCACGGAAGUGAAAGUGAUGUGCCCGGAAGAGGAGAAGAUUUUCCAUGGCGAGAUCAAGUCCUUCAACCCCAACAAAGGCUACGGCUUCAUCGGCUGUGAGGCCUUUCCCGGCCAAGACGUCUUCGUGCUGAAGUCCGAGAUCCCCGGUGGCUUCGCACCGCAAGGAGGUCACUGCAAGUUCAAGGUGAAGACGGACAGCGAGAAGGGCCCCGCGGCCACCGAGGUGCAGCUCCUGGGCGCGGCCGGGAACCAGUAUCAACAGAUGAAGCAGAUGGCUUUCAUGGGCUACGGUGGCUUCAAAGGCUUCGGCAAGGGCAAGGGCUUCUUCAAGGGCAAGGGCCCUCGAGUGGAUCCUGCACACAAGGUGUGGAUUGGCGGCAUCGCGCCCGGAACCACCUGGAAGGAAGCUUGGAGCACAUGAACCAGGUGGGCAAGACCAAGUGGGUCGAAGUCUUCGAGGGCAAGGGCGCCGGCACCGGCACAGCAGCCUACGGCUCCCCGGAGGAGGUGGCACAGGCCAUCGCGACCCUCAACGCGAGCUCGCUGGGCGGUGCACAGAUCACCGUGGACACCUGGGUCAAGGCGCCCAAGGAGGAGGUCGAGGUGCCUCCUGCAUGAGCAGAUUAUGCCGAUUCUGCAGCUCUGCAGAUGUGCAGCGACAUACAGCGCUGCACAAAUCAUUCCAAUAAGUUGUACCUGUGCAUUGAGACACGCCGCGCCGCAAUUGAGAGAAUCUUGC